CCGCCUGGUUAUCGCGGGCGGUUAUAAAGUGGCGGUCGGCCUCGAAGCAACUCACACGCCAGGCCCAGCCGUCGACACAGCAUCUGCGCGACCUGCACCUGGGGAAACUGCUGGCUCCUCGCUCGGCGAUGCGGCGACCGGCGACAGCGCUGCUCUUGGCGGCAGCCCUGUGCACCCUGGCGGCGGGCGAGGCAGCCAACGACACCUCGGCCGACGAGGCCAACUCGACGGACACCAGCAUCAUGUUCCUGGAGGAGUCCCCGGCGCCGGCGGACCUCGUGGUGACCCGCCGCCUGACGCACCUCGCCCUGGGACUCCAGCGGGUGCUGAGGAGGCGGCCCGGCGCCGGGAGGACGCUCCUCUUCUCGCCGCUGAGCGUGUCGGCGGUGCUGCACCUGCUGUGGCUGGGCGCGCGCGGCCGCACCGCCGAGGAGCUGGCCUCGCUCCUGGGGUCCGGCCCCGACCCCGGCCCGGGCCUCGACGAGGUGCUGCCCUCCGUGGCCCGCCUCACGCGCCGCCUCUACCACUCCUCGGCCGGCACCCGGGUGGACGUGGCCAGCGCCAUGUUCCUGCAGUACGGCUACCCCGUGCUCAAGGGCUUCGCCGACACCAGCAGGAACACCUUCAACACCGAGGUGUACGGCGCCGAGUUCGCCGCCGGCGGAGACGUGGUCGCCGGCCAGAUCAACGGGUGGGUCAGCAGCAAGACCAAGCACAGGAUCAACAAGUUGUUCGACCAGGCCCUCCCCCCGGACACCAAGGUGCUGCUCGUCAGUGCGAUAUACUUCAACGGGGAGUGGGAGUACCCGUUCCCCGCGGAGACCACGUUCAAGCGGCCCUUCACCAUCCCGCGCGCGGCCGGCGAGCCGCCGGAGCUGCUGCAGCUGCACAUGAUGUCCAACAGCGGCGACCUGCCGUACGCUCGCAGCGACGAGCUGGGCUGCCGGGCGGUGGGGCUGCCCUACAAGGGCGGGCAGGUGGUCAUGUACCUGGUGCAACCGCUGGAGCGAGGUCUGGAGGCGUUCAGCGCGCUGGAGGGCAACCUCACGGUGGAGCGCGUGGACAGCCUGCUGGGGUCCCUGCAGGAGACCCCGGUGAUCGUGUCCGUGCCGCGCAUGCGCAUACAGUCCACCUUCCACCUGCGCGGCGCCGUGGAGCAACUCGGAGCGCGCGCUCUGUUCGACCCGCUGGAGGCCGACCUGGGGCGCAUGUCCCCGGGCGGGGUGCGGCCCCUGGACGACAACUCCACCGUCCAGGAGGGCGACAACCCGGGGCUCUACGUGGGCGACCUCGUGCACAAGGUGGAGAUCGAGGUGACGGAGACCGGCACAGUCGCCUCGGCCGUCGCCGCCGCCACCGUCACGCGCGACGGCUCCCGCGUCGUGCUGCGCUUCGACCGGCCCUUCCUCUUCUUCAUCCGGCACGAGCCCACGGGGCUGCUCAUGUUCUGGGGCUCCGUCAUGAGGCCCGUCACGUGACCCUGCCCCGCCGGUGUCUGGGGCUGCUCAUGUUCUGGGGCUCCGUCAUGAGGCCCGUCACGUGACCUCGCCCCGCCGGUGUCUGGGGCUGCUCAUGUUCUGGGGCUCCGUCAUGAGGCCCGUCACGUGACCUCGCCCCGCCGGUGUCUGGGGCUGCUCAUGUUCUGGGGCUCCGUCAUGAGGCCCGUCACGUGACCUCGCCCCGCCGGUGUCUGGGGCUGCUCAUGUUCUGGGGCUCCGUCAUGAGGCCCGUCACGUGACCUCGCCCCGCCGGUGUCUGGGGCUGCUCAUGUUCUGGGGCUCCGUCAUGAGGCCCGUCACGUGACCCUGCCCCGCCGGUGUCUGGGGCUGCUCAUGUUCUGGGGCUCCGUCAUGAGGCCCGUCACGUGACCCUGCCCCGCCGGUGUCUGGGGCUGCUCAUGUUCUGGGGCUCCGUCAUGAGGCCCGUCACGUGACCCUGCCCCGCCGGUGUCUGGGGCUGCUCAUGUUCUGGGGCUCCGUCAUGAGGCCCGUCACGUGACCCUGCCCCGCCGGUGUCUGGGGCUGCUCAUGUUCUGGGGCUCCGUCAUGAGGCCCGUCACGUGACCCUGCCCCGCCGGUGUCUGGGGCUGCUCAUGUUCUGGGGCUCCGUCAUGAGGCCCGUCACGUGACCCUGCCCCGCCGGUGUCUGUCACCGCGUGCUCGUCACCAAAGAGACAAUCCACCCGGGACAACCGACGCGUGCCUCGCAGUGGCACGACUGCACACCUGAAGAGAGGAGUGUCCGGUAUUUGUGCAGGGGCCGGGUGUAGAAGAACCAUGCUCGUUGGCUGUCAAAUGAUUACAUACCUUUUGCUGGGUAUCGUAAUUUUCCUACUGCCAUUCAAUGUAACUUGCGGAGUAUUAACUGGUCUUGGUGUUUUCGUAAUACUGUGUACUAUCGUAUACCGACUAUGGGAGUUCUUUCUAUGAAAAUACUUUUCCAAACAAAUGCUCUCUCAGCGUGCGAGCCAAGCUAGGUUUUGAGAAAAAUUAAAAAUUAAUUUAAUAAUGUACUUAUAAGUUCAGAACUUUACUAAUCGAUCAUUGUUAAGAAGUGAAUGAAUAAAAACUAAUUGCAAAUAAAUUUUUAUUUGAACAUUAGAUAAACAUUUUGUUCACAGUUUAAAUUAUCUACAACUUAAAAUAAUGCAUUAUCGCAAAUAAUUUAAAAAGGUUAAGAUAUUUAUUUUACAUUUUUGUGUCUUUAACAUUACUUUUUAAUUUUGUAUGGUGACUUUAACUUUUGUAAAUCUAGCAUCGAUACUGCAGUACACACAUGCAUUUGCCCAGAAAUUGUUGACUGAACUAAAGUAGUAAAUUAUUUUAUAUUUAUUCAUUAAUUAAAGCAUGUGUCACAAAAUGAGUCAAGCAUUCCGGAAGAGUUGUGUGAAACACUUUGAAAUACCUGUCAUCUAGGUAGGUACUACAAAACAUUUGGUACAAAUAAUGUCAAGACAAACUUGCAGAAUUAUUAGUUUGUGCAUUGAAUUCCAUGUAAAUAAUACUCUUGAGUAAAAUAAUAAGUUCAAAGGAACACUGCUUGAAUGUUGAUUGUACAUUUGCGAAAAACAAAAAUAAAAUUAUUUUUGUAUGUA